UGUAAUUAUUUAUUUUAGCAAUAUUAAGCAAUACCUGAGACUUACAUAUGUAUUUAUCGAUUUAGUUUCGAGUACGCAAUUAAGUUGUUUGUGUAACAAAUAUUACCUAUUCAAAGAAUGACAUAAUCACUAAUUUUAUGUCAUUUUUUCGUUCAGUUUAUCGUCUGUACAGCACAAUGAGCAAGCCUCAAGUCGUUUUCGUCCUUGGAGGCCCAGGUGCAGGUAAGGGUACGCAAUGUUCCAACAUAGUAUCCAAAUUUGGAUUUGUUCACCUGUCUGCUGGCGACCUGUUACGCGCUGAACGUAGUAAACCUGACAGUAUGUUUGGAGAAUUAAUUGACACUCAUAUCAAGAAUGGUACAAUUGUCCCAGUAGAAAUCACAUGUCAACUUAUUCAAAAUGCGAUGGAAGCAUCAGCAGCCAAUCGAUUUCUGAUUGAUGGAUUUCCACGAAAUAAAGACAAUAUGAUUGGCUGGGAUACCACAAUUGGAGACAAAGUUGAUCUUUUAUUUGUACUGUUUCUAGAUUGUCCAGAAAAUGUAUGCAUAGAACGAUGCAUGAAAAGAGGUGCUGCUGGAAGUGGCCGUGCUGAUGAUAAUUUASAAAGUCUAAAAAAGAGGAUUGUUACAUUUGUGAAUGAYUCUAUGCCGAUCAUAGAAUAUUUUAAAGAGAAAAAUUUAGUGAAAAGAGUUGAAGCUGGAAAAAAUGUUGAAGAUGUAUGGUCCGAUAUUAUUGAAUUAUUCAAAAACAUUUGAAUAGAGAAACAAAAUUUGCAUUUAACUUAUUAGACAAUUUCCUAAAUAUGGUAGAUUAAAUUAUUUUUAUUCUUGCACUGUCCCAACAAAAGUUAUUAUUUUAAAAUAUGUAUACCAGUGAUAGAAGAUAUUGAGAUUAGUGUUUAAUCGGUUUUUUAUUUAUUUAUUGAAUGAUCCAAUAAAAACACAAUAACAUAUAACAUUA